AUGUCAGAAAACAAAAGCCAGCAGUCUUAUUUAGCGAAGCAAGACUUGGCGAACUUGAAAAUUCAUGAACUAAAUCCUCUAACACCUGAGGUGAUCAGCAGACAAGCAACUAUUAAUAUAGGAACAAUUGGUCACGUAGCUCAUGGCAAGUCUACUCUUGUAAAAGCGUUAUCUGGUGUCCAGACUGUACGUUUUAAAAAUGAACUGGAACGUAAUAUCACCAUCAAACUUGGAUAUGCUAAUGCUAAGAUAUACAAAUGUGAUGACCCCUCUGUUCCUCAUCCCCAAUGUUAUACGUCUCGUGGUAGUGCUCAUGCCGACGAGAUUACCUGUGAAUUUUCAUCUAACAAAGGAAAAUUUAAACUUGUCAGGCAUGUGUCAUUCGUUGAUUGUCCCGGACAUGAUAUAUUGAUGGCUACCAUGCUCAAUGGAGCGGCUGUUAUGGAUGCUGCUUUGUUGCUAAUAGCUGGAAAUGAAUCAUGCCCCCAACCUCAGACAUCAGAGCAUUUGGCAGCCAUUGAAAUCAUGCAGUUGAAACACAUUUUGAUAAUGCAAAACAAGAUUGAUAUCGUUAAAGAAAGUCAGGCCAAAGAACAGCAUGAACAGAUAAUUAGAUUUAUUCAAGGUACAAUAGCUGAUGGCGUGCCAAUAAUUCCGAUAUCAGCACAGUUAAAAUACAAUAUUGAUGCCGUCUGUGAAUACAUUGUCAAGAAAAUACCUAUUCCCAUCAGAGAUUUCACUUCAGAGCCUAGACUCAUUGUUAUUAGGUCUUUUGAUGUUAACAAGCCUGGCUGUGAAGUGGAUGACCUAAAAGGAGGAGUGGCUGGUGGGAGCAUACUUAGAGGGGUGUUGAAGGUUGGUCAAGAAAUCGAAGUCAGACCAGGUAUUGUAUCUAAAGAUGCUGAAGGCAAAUUAACAUGCAAACCCAUAUUUUCCAGAAUUGUUUCAUUGUUUGCUGAACAGAACGAUCUUCAAUAUGCAGUACCUGGCGGUUUGAUAGGUGUUGGUACAAAAAUUGAUCCUACUUUGUGUCGAGCAGACAGAUUAGUUGGUCAAAUGUUGGGCACCGUUGGUACGUUACCUGACAUCUACAUAGAACUUGAAAUAUCUUAUUUCUUGCUAAGGAGGCUGCUGGGUGUUAGAACUGAGGGAGACAAAAAAGCUGCAAAGGUUCAAAACUUAUCCAAAAAUGAAAUCAUCAUGGUCAACAUUGGAUCUUUAACCAGUGGAGGACGCGUUUUAGCCGUAAAAAAAGAUUUGGCCAAAGUUGGCCUCAACAAUCCUGUUUGCACAGAUUUGGGUGAGAAGAUUGCAUUAAGCAGAAGGGUUGAAAAACAUUGGAGAUUGAUAGGCUGGGGUCAAAUCAGGCGUGGCGUAUCCGUGUUGCCAAAUAACUCAGACUGA